UUUUACAAAAGCAACAUCAAAAAUCAUUGGCCGGUGAAAUUUGUUGAAGAUACUACAAAAAGUUGAAUUAAAGUAAAUUGUUUGUUAUAAAUAAUGGCCAAUAAAAAGGGUAACAAUGCGGGCGGACGCACACAGCAACAAAUAAAUGAUUCCAAAGACUAUAGUGCAUUCAAAGUUGUGUUCUUCUAUUGUUCGCUAAUCGUGUUCCUGCCUGUCGCAACAUUUUUCUUGCUUAAAUCUACUGUGCUGGAACGCUUUUUCGCAAUGUCUGAGGUUACCACCAAUAUUUAUUCGGCGGUUGGUGCAGUUGUAGCCUUACAUUUAGCGUUGGGCUUGUACAUAUAUAAAGCAUAUUUUGGUGGCAGUCAGCAUACGGAGUCAUACAAAAAAAUCGACUAAUGACAAAAAAUGUAAGCAUAAUUAAAAGUGAUUGAUCAGAUAAGUGUGGUGUAAGCAACGGAUUCUUCGCCGAAGAACAUAUGACUCAAUUUGGGUAUUACCAUAAGUAUACUUUAAAUGUAAAUGCACAGAUAGACAUUUUUAUAACAAAUAUUAUAAGAAUUUUCCUACAUUCAUAUACGCGUGUUUUAAAUUGUUCAAUACAAAUAAAUUGUUUAAAACUACGUACAAACAUGUUAUAUGUGACCAUAAAUGUAUAAUAAAAAUAUUUGUAAAUAAUAAAAUAUUGAAAAAACUGUAAGAUAAUUAAAA